AUGAUGUCAGCUGUCAAUGACACCAAAUUCAAUUUUACCGUGUUCCUUCUCACGGGGAUACCUGGCCAGGAGCAUGUCCAUUUCUGGAUCGCUAUCCCCUUCUGCUUAAUGUACACUAUUUCGAUCGUAGGAAAUUCAUUCAUCGUAUUCAUGGUAAAAACAGACCCAAGCCUCCAUGAGCCCAUGUACAUUUUGCUUUCUGUAUUGGUCAUCACAGACCUUGGCUUGUCGCUAGCCACCAUGCCGACGAUACUGGGCAUAUUCUUGUUUAACUCCCGGGAGAUCAGCCUCGAUGCCUGUUUUGCCCAGCUGUUCUUCAUCCACACAUUUGCAAAAAUUGAAUCCUCAGUGCUCCUGUUGAUGGCCUUUGACCGCUAUGUUGCAAUCUGUAACCCACUGAGAUAUACUUCCAUCUUAACCCUGCCCAGGAUAGCCAAGAUGGGAUUCGUUUUUUUGUUAAGAGGGGUAGCCAUCAUAUUCCCUCUGCCCUUGCUCCUGAAACGGUUCCGAUACUGUCGAACCAAUGUCCUCUCCCAUUCCUACUGCCUGCACCAGGAAGUCAUGAAGUUGGCAUGUUCAGAUAUUAGCGUCAAUAGUGCCUACGGCUUGUUUAUUACAGUCUCCACGGUGGGGUUGGACUCUCUGCUCAUCCUCUUAUCUUAUGUGAUGAUCCUCAAAACAGUGCUAACGGUCACAUCUCGCACAGAGAGCCUCCGGGCCCUGAACACCUGCGUCUCCCACAUUUGUGCCGUCCUGCUCUUCUACAUACCAGAGGUUGGCUUGCCUGUGGUUCACAGGUUUGGGAAGGGCUCUUCUCCUUUGCUUCAAAUUGUCCUGGGUUAUAUCUACCUCCUGGUUCCACCUUUGUUUAAUCCAAUCGUGUACAGCAUGAAAAGCAAACACCUUCGUGUGAGGAUAAAGAGGGUGUUGUUCAAGUGA